AUGAAAAGAAGCGUACGAGCGAUACAUAAGGAAGAGAUUCAUAAGAAAUGGCGUCCUUUAUCAGAAAAGCAGCAUGAAGAAAUAAUGAUUGUUCUUCGAACCUGUGCUAGACUAGUAUUGAACGGCAUCAAAUCCGAGCAUAGAAAAACUACAGCAGAAGGAUGGAUGCUAGAAUGCUUAAGAAGGAUGAAUCAGUCACUCAAGGCAUUGCCCGUUCCUCCUAGUAAAUUUGGCAGCGGUGCCUUUUCUCAAGUAUUGACUGCCAAUAAUCAAUUAGAGCGACAGUUAUAUGGUGACCUGGAUCAUAUUCACCUGCUUCAAAAAGAGCUAGACAUAGAAAGCAUGAGAUUGGAGCAAGAACAAAAAGCUUACGAGCAAAUGAAGCAGAAUCUUUCUACAAACCAAACAAGAUCACGGAAUAUGAAAAACAAGUUACAUCCUCUUUUGAAAUCUUCCUCUACAGAGCCUUCGCUGAGCAAUAAUGCAAAUUUAGAGAACAGCGAUAUACCAGGUUUAUUAUUCUCCAGUGGAAAGGCCUCGGAAACCAAAGCCGAAACUAAAUACAACAAAAAGCUACAACCAUUUAUGAGGACUUUACAUCGGCAUACAAGUCAAACAGUUCAAUUAAGUCAAAAGGUACAAAAAGCUACUCUAUUACUCCAGAAGAUUCAACAACAAUUACCUGUUGGCCAACCGCAAACAAAACGUCCAUCAUAA